CGUCCCUGUAAGGUUGUCCGGGGCCUGCUUGAUUUUUCGUUUCCUCCACCUUUUAAAGAAACCCGUGACUUUGUGACAGUGACAUCACCCAGUAAAAAAGCCUACGGGAACUUCAUGUGUGCAGACUCAAACUGGCCUCUUUCUCUCCCUCUUUCCCCUCCCCACCUGAGAGCGAGGCAUUUUGGCAUGACGGGGGAAAGAGCCAUGUGUGACGGUGACACUUAGCAUCAUGCUGGCUCCGGAUGCGUCACGCCCGCCUGCUUCUUGUGCCGAGCGGUCAGGAGUUUGUCAAGAAGCACUUUCUUUUGCUUCCGUGCUGUACUGCGAGCCGUGCGCUGACUGGAACAGGCAGCCCAGACCUGACUUUUUGAAUUUAGCUUUUGCAUAAACACUGCCAUUGAGUCUAGCAUCCUGCGCUGCUUUUCGAAAGCAAAUAACUAGAUCCUUUUUUGAACUGUGGUCUCCAGAGAUGAGUACACAUACCUUUAUAUUCUUAUGUCUAGAGGACACCCCCGAUGGAAGACUUUCCGGGGAGAGUUUUUGACAUAAGCGUUUUACAAGUGGAACUGAAAAAGGCGUUAUUUAAAGUUCUUGGAGUAGGAGCCUCUGAAGGGACAGGAUGGCUGUGAGCAUGGAUGAUGACGUUCCCCUCAUCCUCACGCUGGACGACAGUGGAAGCAGCGCCUCAGCCCCCCUUGAUGACCUGGAUCGGGAGGAGCUGCCUAACGAAAAUGGAGGUAGCUAUGACAUUAUUAAUGAUGCGUCCAGCCCUGCUGCCGGGGAAUGCUGUGCGCAGCAAAGCUCUGCCCGACACAACUGGGAAAUGAACUACCAAGAGGCAGCAAUCUACCUCCAGGAAGGAGAAAAUAAUGAUAAGUUCUUCACUCACCCCAAAAAUGCCAAAGCACUUGCUGCCUACCUCUUUGCACACAAUCACCUUUUCUACCUAAUGGAGCUGAGCACAGCACUGCUUCUCCUGUUGCUGUCUCUCUGCGAGGCGCCAGCUGUUCCUAUGCUCCGUCUUGGCAUCUUUGUCCAUGCAACCCUGGAGCUGUUUGCGUUAAUUGUGGUAGUCUUUGAACUCUCGAUGAAGAUGAGGUGGCUGGGCUUCCAAACCUUUAUCAGGCACAAAAGGACUAUGGUGAAGACUUGCGUGCUGUUUGUACAGUUCAUAGAGGCCAUCGUGGUGUUGGUGCGCCAAACCUCGCACGUCCGGAUAACGAGAGCUCUGCGCUGUAUCUUCUUGGUGGACUGCCGUUACUGUGGUGCCGUCAGAAGAAAUCUGCGACAGAUCUUCCAGUCCCUCCCACCAUUUAUUGACAUUCUUCUCCUCCUGCUUUUCUUCAUGGUGAUUUUUGCCAUCCUGGGUUUUUACUUGUUUUCUCCUAACCACUCGGAUCCGUACUUCAAUACCUUAGAGAACAGCCUCGUGAAUCUCUUCGUGCUUUUGACCACUUCAAAUUUCCCUGAUGUGAUGAUGCCAUCUUAUGCCCGGAACCCCUGGUCCUGUGUCUUCUUCAUAGUGUAUCUCUCCAUUGAGCUGUACUUCAUCAUGAACUUGCUUCUCGCUGUUGUGUUCGACACUUUCAAUGACAUCGAGAAGAGGAAGUUUAAGUCCUUGCUGCUGCACAAGCGCACGGCCAUACAGCAUGCCUACCGCUUGCUGAUCACCAAACAGAGGCCGUCUGGAAUUUCCUUCAAGCACUUUGAAGGGCUGUUGCGGUUUUACAAGCCACGGAUGUGUGUCAGAGAGCGAUAUCUGACUUUCAAAGCACUGAAUCAAAGCAAUACUCCUUUAGUCAGUCUAAAGGAUUUUUACAAUUUCUAUGAAGUUGUUGGCUUAAAAUGGAAGGCAAAACGAAAUCGCGAGCACUGGUUUGAUGACCUUCCGCGGACAGCAUUCCUUAUUUUUAAAGGCAUCAACAUCCUUGUGAAUUCCCGCGUGUUCCAAUACACCAUGUAUACUGUGGUGGCUGUGAAUGGAAUUUGGAUUCUUGUUGAAACCUUCAUGCUGCAAGGAGGGAAUUUCUUCUCCAGAAACGUCCCAUGGAGCUACAUAGUCUUCCUCACAAUCUAUGGCGUGGAGCUGCUCCUGAAGACCACUGGACUGGGGCCUGUCGAGUACCUGUCCUCGGGUUGGAAUCUCUUUGACUUCUCAGUCACUCUGUUUGCAUUUUUGGGGCUCAUGGCACUGGCGUUUAACAUGGAGCCGUUCUACUUCAUUGUGGUCUUGCGACCCCUUCAGCUGCUGAGGCUAUUUAAAUUGAAGAAACGCUACAGAAAUGUCCUGGACACUAUGUUUGAGUUGUUCCCCCGGAUGGCCAGCCUGGGUUUAACCCUGCUGAUCUUCUACUAUUGCUUUGCCAUUGUUGGCAUGGAGUUCUUCGCUGGCGUGGUCUACCGGAACUGCUGCAACACAAGCACAGUUGCAGAUUCCUACCGCUGGGUGAAUCAUACAGUUGGCAACAAGACGGUUGUGGAAGAAGGUUAUUACUAUCUCAACAACUUUGACAACAUUUUGAACAGCUUUGUCACGCUGUUUGAGCUGACAGUCGUCAAUGACUGGUACAUCAUCAUGGAAGGGGUGACAUCCCAAACCACUCAUUGGAGCCGUCUUUACUUCAUGAUCUUCUAUAUUGUGACCAUGGUGGUGAUGACAAUCAUCGUGGCUUUUAUUCUGGAUGCUUUCGUCUUCCGCAUGAACUACACUCGGAAGAACCAAGAUUCAGAAGAAGACAACGGCAUUGUGCUGGAAAAGGAGAUCUCCAAGGAGGAAGUGGUUGGCAUAAUCGAGCUGUACAAGCGGAGUUCAGCUGCCACUGAAACCACUCAGCUGCAGAAGCUCGUUUUGCAGAUGGACAAAUACGGGCAAAUGUCAACAGUGUUUCUGGGACGCAGAUCAAGGACCAAGAGUGAUUUGAGUAUGAAGAUGUACGAGGAGGAGAUACAGGAAUGGUAUGAGGAGCAUUCCAGAAAAGAGGAAUCUCAGACACCGUUGCAAGAGCCUGCAUCUGCUUCCAACAGCUCUCUGAAGCCCCUGAGCCUCCGACAACGCUCCCAGACUGUCAUUUAGGCCUAGCUAACGCAAGCCGCCUUCUAUGCAAUAACCUAGAGUAUUACUUCACAGCGUAUAUAUUGGGAUGAUGUAUAUAGAUCUGUUCAGUGUACUGUUCGGCUUUAGGGUUUAAAUCUCUUCCCCUAGGCAGUGAAUUGCUGAAAAACCAGAGGCCCAGGGGACUCUGUGUAAGGCUGCUACACCCAGAUUGAGCAUGAUGCCCAUGCUCAGCACAGAGCGAACAUCUUGGACAGAACAGAGACCUUCUCCCUCUGAGCCGCUUCCCAGGCUGGAGCCUGCUGUUUGUCUUACCACUAACAGACCUUGGGGAAAGGGAUGUGUAAUCCAUUAACAGCAGGCAAUGCGCUGAAGCCACCUGCUUAAUAUUAAAACUUUUGCCCUUUUUGAAGAUCUCUUUUGCUUAAAGGGUACCAUUAACCUAGGAAUAAAAGAUCAGGGAGUG